AUGCAAGCAAAUCAAUGGCAGAACGUACAAAAUAGAACUUUUACAAAAUGGUUUAACACAAAACUUUCAUUACACGAUUUACCUACGGUUUUAAACCUGGGGAAAGAUUUAUCAGACGGAAUACUCUUAAUUCAGCUAUUAGAAAUCAUUGGCGAUGAACAAUUAGGGAAAUACAAUCGGAAGCCUCGUCUCCGUUUGCACAAACUCGAAAAUGUCAAUAAGGCUUUGGAGUACAUCAAGAGUAAAGGGAUGCCUUUAACAAACAUUGGUCCAGCUGACAUCGUUGAUGGAAACCUCAAAUUAAUCCUUGGUUUAAUUUGGACUUUGAUUUUAAGAUUCACAAUUGCUGAUAUUAAUGAAGAAGGUUUGACUGCUAAGGAAGGUUUGCUUCUAUGGUGUCAGCGGAAAACUGCAAAGUAUCGUCCAGAGGUGGAAAUUCAUGAUUUCUCAAGAAGUUGGACGAAUGGCUUGGCAUUCUGUGCUUUAAUUCACAAGCAUCGACCUGACCUGUUGAACUAUCACGAACUAGACAAAAAAGACAAUCGAAAAAAUAUGCAGCUUGCUUUUGAUAUUGCUCAAGAGCAUAUCGGUAUCCCUCGUUUAAUCGACGUCGAGGAUGUUUGCGAUGUCGAUCGUCCCGAUGAACGCAGUAUCAUGACUUAUAUUGCGGAAUACUUUCAUGCUUUUUCUACCCUGGAUAAGGUCGAGACUGCUGCUAGAAGAGUUGAGAGAUUUACGGAAGUUUUGAUGUCAACGCGCUCGAUGCAGGAAGACUAUGAAACUCGUAUGAAACGACUUUUAGAGAGCAUUUCUCGAGUUCGUGAAUACUGGAAGGCAUCUACUUUUGAGAACACAUAUUCUGAUGUUAAAGCUCAUUCUCGAGAUUUUGUUGGUUUCAAGGCAGCUGAAAAACGAGAAUGGGUAAAGGAGAAAAUUGACCUUGAAUCCCUCCUCGCAACAAUUCAGACAAGUCUAAAAACCUACCAACUUCAAAUGUAUGAGCCUCCUGCUGGCUUGAAAAUUGUGGACUUGGAACGUGAAUGGAAGGAUUUUCUGACCGAAGAAGCAGAUCGCUCUAAGUUAAUAAAUACCCGUAUGAGAGAGAUUAAAGAAAAUAUGCGUAUAUCUUUCGCAGAACGCGCAAACAGUUUUUCAAAAAUGCUUUCAACCAUUUCAAAUGAGAUUUCUAACCUUCAGGGAGAAUGGAGGGAUCAACUAGACCAUGUUGAGUUUUUACAAGAACAUUUAGGUCCAUUGGAAAUUGAGUUAGCCAGCGUGAAGGUCCAUUCAGACAACUGUAGGGAAGCAGGUAUUGAAGAAAAUGAUUACACUUUAUUUUCCUAUGACGAUUUGGAACAUGAGUUCGGUGUCACAGCUGAAAUUAUUGCUCAUAAAAUAAAGUACUUACAGAACGAAAUUUUGGAAAGAGAGAAACGAACCCUCUCGAAGCAAGAAUUGGAUGGUAUAGCAACCGUCUUCCGUCAUUUUGAGAAGAAAAAGUCAAAUUUGUUGAAUGAGAUGGAAUUUUAUGCCGCAUUGGCUUCUUUGGGUUUAGUUUAUGACUCGGAAGAAGGUACGGCCUUAUUUGAGAGAGCAUCGAACGGUGAAGAGGGAGUAACAUGUGAACGUUUCACAGAAGUUGUGAUGGAGGAACUAGAAGAUCGUGACAGCGCCCGUCAAGUUUUGUACGCCUUUUGCGAUGUUGCUGAUGGAAAGUCCUAUGUUACAGUCGAUGAUUUAAUGAAAAGUCAAGUUCGUCCAAAUUUUGUGAAAUUUUUGGAAACAAACAUGAAGAAAGAUAACAAGGGAAUGGAUUACUUAACUUGGAUCAGAGAAUUGAUUGCAGAAGACAAAGAAUUCCCAUGA